UUUAAACUGCUCUUUAAUUUUCUUAAUUUUGUUUGGUUUCUUCCUUAUUCCUUUCUCUGUUUUGUCCACAGCUUAAGCUGUAUCUACAGAUCAAGAACAACAGCAUGCAUCACACUCACCAACAUCCCCUUCUUUGUUUUUAUUGCCACCCACAUUCCUAUAUUAGGAUGGUUCAACAUCUUAUUGAGAGAUGCUUGCUUCUUCAUAUGAGUCAGGAUCAGUGCAUUAAGGCACUAGAAGAGCAUGCCAGCAUCAGCCCACUUGUGACACUUACAGUGUGGAAGGAGUUACAGAAGGAGAAUAAAGACUUCUUCAGGGCAUAUUAUUCACAGAAUUUCUCUCCCAGGCCUGUCAAUGGAAAAGACAUUACUGCAGAAGUUUUCAAAUGGAACCAAGAUUACCAACAAGGACACAGUGGAAAUAUUUGAAUUUGGGGGGUAUCACUGCGUAAUCCUAUGUUUACUAAAAUGCAUCAGGAACUCUGUUACCGGUUACUGUCAAGUUCAAGAAGGAUCGGGGUCGAAUGCUCAUAAAUUACCAGCUAGAGUGAUCAUUACUGGUUGUGAUAAGCAAGUUCAAGAAGAAGGACCAGGGUUAAAUGCUUAUAAAAUACUAGCUAGAGUGAGGAUUGCUGAUUGUGAUAAGCAAGUUGUAUUAGAAUCUUCUGUAUCUGCCUCUUUGUAUAUUUGUGUGCUUGUUUGUAUUACCUUGCUAUAUAUAGAGACUGAGGUUUUUUAACACAGCCUUGUACUUUUCAAAUUACCAAGUCGGGUCUAUAUAUAUAGAUUAAGAUAGUGUAGAGGCAUAUUCAA